CGAAAAGGAAGCUAACAUACUAUGGCGGAGCUACUGACAGAAGACGAAAUAACUGCUUUUCAGGAGGCGUUCUCCCUCUUUGAUAAAGAUGGUGAUGGUAGCAUUACGACCAAACAGUUGGGAACAGUGAUGCGGUCAUUAGGUCAGAAUCCUACCGAAGCUGAGCUUCAGGAAAUGAUCGGCGAGGCUGACGAAUGUGGCAACAGUAACAUCAGCUUCCCCGAAUUCUUGGCACUCAUGGCCGAGAAAUGUCGCAACACCGAAAACGAAGAGGAACUGAGGCAGGCCUUCCAAGUCUUCGACGGAGAUGGCAAUGGUUUCAUAUGCGCCGCGGAGUUGAGGCAUGUCAUGACCAAACUGGGGGAGAAGUUAACUGAGGAGGAGGUGGACGAGAUGAUCAAAGAGGCGGACUUGGAUGGGGAUGGCCAAAUCAACUAUGACGAAUUUGUUAAGAUGAUGGCCAAUUAAUGGACUUCUAGGAUUCGAUUCAUGCUUAAUUAUAAACAAAAGUGUUCAUGGAACGAAUCGUCCUAGACGCCUCUAACCGACCAUAGUGACAUGUAGCUUAAUGCUAAUACAACUUCAAUAAGCUAGCGUAGGACAAUUAUCAUGACAAUGUUCCAGGGAUCACUAAUUGCUUUUACGCGCGAAUGUAUACAGUUAUAAAUAUUUAUUUUGAAGCCCCGAUGGGAUUAACAUUUACAAGUAACUUAGAUAUCUACAUCAAAUUCAAUG